GUCUUCAGCCGGGCACGCACUCCCUCCCAGCACCAUGUCCUACACCUGCUUCCUGCCCAGCUUCAGCUGCCGCACCAGCUGCUCCUCCCGGCCCUGCGUGCCCCCCAGCUGCCACAGCUGCACCCUGCCCGGGGCCUGCAACAUCCCCGCCAACGUGGGCAGCUGCAACUGGUUCUGCGAGGGCUCCUUCAAUGGCAGGGAGAAGGAGACCAUGCAGUUCCUGAACGACCGCCUGGCCAGCUACCUGGAGAAGGUGCGUCGGCUGGAGCGGGAGAACGCGGAGCUGGAGAGCCUCAUCCAGCAGCGGUGCCAGGAGCAGGACCCCUUGGUGUGUGCCAACUACCAGUCCUACUUCCGGACCAUCGAGGAGCUCCAGCAGAAGAUCCUGUGCAGCAAGUCCGAGAACGCCAGGCUGGUGGUGCAGAUCGACAAUGCCAAGCUGGCCUCCGACGACUUCAGGACCAAGUACGAGACAGAGCUGUCCCUGCGGCAGCUGGUGGAGUCGGACAUCAACGGCCUGCGCAGGAUCCUGGACGAGCUGACCCUGUGCAGGUCUGACCUGGAGGCCCAGGUGGAGUCCCUGAAGGAGGAGCUGCUCUGCCUCAAGCAGAACCACGAGCAGGAAGUCAACACCCUGCGCUGCCAGAUCGGAGACCGCCUCAACGUGGAGGUGGACGCUGCCCCCACCGUGGACCUGAACCAGGUGCUGAACGAGACCAGGAGCCAGUACGAGGCCCUGGUGGAGACCAACCGCAGGGAAGUGGAGGAAUGGUUCACCAGGCAGACCGAGGAGCUGAGCAAGCAGGUGGUGUCCAGCUCGGAGCAGCUGCAGUCCUGCCAGGCGGAGAUCAUCGAGCUGCGCCGCACGGUCAACGCCCUGGAGAUCGAGCUGCAGGCCCAGCACAACCUGAGAAACUCUCUGGAAAACACGCUGACGGAGAGCGAGGCCCGCUACAGCUCCCAGCUGUCCCAGGUGCAGUGCAUGAUCACCAACGUGGAGUCUCAGCUGGCCGAGAUCCGCUGCGACCUGGAGCGGCAGAACCAGGAGUACCAGGUGCUGCUGGACGUGCGGGCCCGGCUGGAGUGCGAGAUCAACACGUACCGGGGCCUGCUGGAGGGUGAAGACUGCAAGCUCCCUUGCAACCCCUGUGCUACAACCAAUGCGUGUGACAAGCCCAUUGGGCCCUGUGUCCCCAAUCCCUGUGCCUCACGUACCUGGUGUGGGCCCUGCAACACCUUUGGGCGCUAGAAGCCCCACCGCCAGGAGGAGGAGAAGGGCAUUGGUCACACCCCACUCAACUUCAUCCCAACAUCUCCAGCAGGGACCAUGCUUUGGACAGAGGCAGAAAUCUUCCUAUCAGCCUCGAUCUCUGGUGGUCAGCUCUACCUUUCCCCUGUGUUCUUAGCUUGAUCCUUCAGCAUAAGAGACUGCAAGAUCUGUCUUCUGCAUCAUGCAGAGAAACCUACAGCAGGAUGUGAUUUAAAAAUAAUUACAUGGAGCAUGGCAGAGCUGAUGGGCAUGCU